AUGGGUGAAAGAAAGCGAUUUAAAUUUCAAUCAUCCUCUAAAAUCGCAAAAUCGCUCGUACUUUCUGCAUAUGACGACAUAGUUUCAUUUACUUCUAAGGAUGAAUUUGGACCGCCCAGAUGCUUUAAAGUUACUUUAACAAAUAUACUAAGAGUAAAGGAUGUUCUCAAGUUUCAAAAUCAGCUCAGAGAGUUACAAAAGUCAGAGUUUUUUCAGAAUUUAGACUUUGUAACUGAUUUAAAUGAAAAGAGUUAUGAAUAUUUCCAAAAACCAGUUGAUAUUCUGCUAAAUUGCUGCAAAGAUGCUUCUCCAACUGAGCUGGAUUAUCUUUGUAGGAUCAUGGCAGCUUACUUCAAGGAUUUUGGGAUUAAAUAUUGCUUAAAUGUACCAUUUGAUGAGUUACUUGAGAUUAUCGAGUUGAACACUAACCUGAAUUCUAAGCCGAUUUUCACAUUCAUACUGACAUAUUUCAGAGUACACACAACUUAUAUUUUGACCAACCUUGGAUUUGUUUUAAAGGAUUUUAUGCAAUGGCUAAAUUCAAGCAAUCAACUUAUCAAGAGAUUAUCAAUGGAAUCUUUGGGUAUGUUACUGAGAAGAGCACCAAUCCCAAUCAUUAAGCAAGUUAUAUCACUCUGUAUAAGCAUGGAUGGAUCUGAGAAGGUUAUCUUUUCAAUUAUUCAGAAUAUAGAUGGAAAUUUCACGAGUAAACUGAAGUCAUUGUUCACGUUCAUGUUUGAGGAUCUCAUACCAAACAGAACUGAGGAUCUUGAAAAAGUUGCAGAAAAUAUCAGGAAGACAAUACUACUCAUGUCAACACACGCUAAGGACAGUAAGGUAGAUUUAUCAUGGCUAAAAAAUUCAUACCAGACGAAUCUGGAAUUGUUAUCACAAAAUUUGGACAUUUUAUCACAAAAAUUUGAGUUAUCACAAAAAUUUGAGUUAUCACAAAAAUUGGAGUUAUCACAAAAUCUGGAAAUAUUAUCACAAUACUGUAAAAUAGGAUUUAAAUCAGUUUGUAUAGUGCUGGAGUUGAAUAUAGAAAUGUUAAUGACCUUCAAUGAAACCAAAUUUACAACGGUUAAAAACUACCCACUCAUCACAGUCGGAGAUUACUUCAGUAUUAUGCUGAGUGACUUUAUAGCACCACUGUUAAGGUUUUCAAACAGUGGAAGACCGCAACUGUUUGAAGAUAUAUGUAGUUAUCUCCUGAGGGUAGUACGGUCAGAUACAGACUCAACUAAGACAUUUGAUAGAGAUUUCAGUCUGUUUCUAACGAAUGUUGAUCAUAAUCUGGUGGGAAUGAAUAACAUAAAUUCAUUUCUAUCCCUGUUUGAAUGGCGACUUAAAACAAAUAACCUGACCCAGGUAUCACAUAUACUAUUAGUAUUCUCAAGCAUUUUGUACAAUAAGGAUAUAUUUCACCCACUCAUUGUGAACCCUUCGAUACUUAAAAGGGUACUGGAGUGUAUAGACCUGCUUGUACAGAUGGAAUAUGACAUUAGUAUGGAGUCAUUUUUGAAUUUAUUUGGAAUAAUUUACGGGUUAUCAUGUAUUAACAAGGUGAGAAUUAAGUCAAAAGCGUCUAAAAUUGAAAAUGCAAAUGAGUUAAUGGAAAGGACACUAGCUCAGGUUUUAAGAGGUCUUGAAGCGGGAUAUGAUCCAAGAGUUUUAUUUAAAAUUUAUACUAUAGGGUUUGAGUUGAUAGAGGGUGACAAGAGUGCGUGGAUUGAGAAAUUGAUAGCAGUUUCUUCGAAAUUGGAUUUAUUUGACAAUUACUUUUUACUUGAGUUUUUAGUUUCAAAUUUUAAUGACACCUUGGAUUCAGUAAUGGAUUUGAUAAUGAAAAGGUUACCAAAUGAGAAUGAAUUUCUGAGAAUUAAUGUUAUUAAGCUGGUACAGCUGCACUAUAAGAAGUUGAAUUCCCCCGUGUCAGAUCAUUUAAACGAGUUGUUGGAGAUGGAGAUGAUGGCUAACGAUAUUGAAACCUCGAGGAAAAAGUGUAUGAUAAUGUCUAGAACUGUAAAUCUAAUUGAUUUCGAGUCAAUUAGGGCUCCUGAAUAUGAGCUCUUUAUUGUGUUGAUUAAGAAGAUUUUACUUAGUCAAUACUAUGUUAAGUUUUCUCCACUAUGGGAAGGUGCAUACAGUGCCAACAUGGUUUUAAUUUCUAAGCUUAAGGGUUAUGAAAAGUCUCUGAAGCCCACAUGGGACUUGUACAUGGAGAUGUUGAAAUUUUGCAAUUUUAAACAAUUAAGAUUAGAGGAAUUUGAUAAUAAAAUAUUGGAAUCAGCACUGAAUUACACAAGUAGAGAAAGAACGGAUGCCAUCACAAUCCAAUUUCAUCUUCUCAAGGUUAUAUUUCAAAUCAUAUCAGCAGUUAAGGAUAGGGAAUCAAAGCUGGAAGAUUUAGUAAAUUACACUUUAGAGCAUUUUGAAAAGAACAGCGAGUUUUUGAAGAAUUCUCUAUGUACACUUAGUGAGCUUUUCAAUAAAUUUAACAAGGAAAAUUACCCCGACCAGCUUUUUAGAGCAUGUGUAACUGCAGGCUUGAGGUCCAAGGAUCCAAAAAUCCGUGAGUCAAGUCUGGUGAUUAUUUCAAAAAGGCAUAAAAUUGAUGUAAAAAGACUUUCAGAAAUGUGCACGGGGAACUUCCAGCAGAUAUCAGCAUUGACUAAGAAGUAUGAAUAUUCGGAAAUGGCAUGUGAGACUCCAGAGGACAGAAAGAACUUAAAUCUGUCAAUUGGAAUAGAAAUUAGGCUUAUAGUACCAAGAAUAUAUCAAUACUCAAAUGUAUCACACGGGAACACAAUUGUUGAUUAUUUCUUAAAUUUUGACCCAAAGUAUGUUAACUUGCUGAUUAUGGAGUUGGUGCCAAAUAAGUAUUCAAGCCUAUUCAAAGAUGAAAGUGACGAGGCAUACAAUUGGAUGGUUGAUGCACUGAAGUUUACAAGUGUUGAAAAGAGUAAUUUUAACUUACCAAAUGUCUUGACAACACUGAAUUUGAUAAUUAAGAGACUAGUGAAUCAUUUGAAACCCCAGGCUCUGAAGAUAAUGGAGUUUUGCUGUUUACUCCUUGAGGAAAACCGUGAGUUUCAGUCUUCAGACUCGAAGAUUACAGUAGAACGUACGUUUAAAAUCAUGAUUGAGCUGGUAAGAAUAUUUGGAACAGGGCACUUCUUUGAAAUAUUGUCCAGGCAUUCCAAGACAAUAGUAGAACUCAUUAAGGUGGUUGGGCUCGAUUUCGUUUUAAUAUGCACAUCUCAGAUGGAUUAUAUAGAGUCAUUUUGCACAAAAGUUAUUAAGGAUUUGUUUCCGUCAGUUUUCCAGUCGAAGUUAACACAAAAACACUUAACUCUGGCGAAUAACAUAUAUAACCUGUAUCCGAAUCAUUUGAAAAAGAAUGACUUGACAGAAAACACUGAAAUGAAAACAUUAAUGAUAAAUUCAUCAGAGGCUUUGCUAGAUUCAAUGUGUAGUUCAGGAAAAUAUGAAUGUAACCUACUCUCAUACAUUGUAGUCUUGGAUCUUGACAACGAAGUAAAACAAAAGGCGUUGUCAAUAUUCAUCUCGUCAUUACCAUCAAGAACUGAAAUGAAUACAUCACUGAAACUAAACUCAAAGAGUGAUUUGGAACUAUGGAAAAAGAUACUAAAUUCCCUUGAAACAUGCAUAUCAUUACUGGAGCCAAAAGAUACAGAGUCACUAGAACAUAUAUGGGAGUUCAUAAACAAUGUGUUAUCACUGGUGCCAGAUAACAGAUGUAGACAUUACGCGUCCUCACUCAUACCUAAAAUACCAUCAAAAGAUGAGGGAGUUGGAUAUACGGGUGAAAGGUUAUGUGCAAUGAAUAAAGUAUCAGUUGAGUUGAGGCUGGAUUUGGACCAGAAUGUGGAAAUCAUCUCAGAAAUCAUACAAGACCUGGAUAGUAAAAACUUGUCACUUAGGUGUGUUGAUACACUGUUAACACAUUCAUUCUUCUUGUUAUGGAGUCACCAAGGUGAUCCAGGAGUAAGGAGGUCAGUGGCAGCACUGUCAUUUAAAGUUCUUGAGAUUGUUAAAUUUAGAUUAGUAGAACCAGUGUGUCUAGACUAUGGCAAGUAUUCCGAACCAACAUACUUGUUUUCAAACACGUUAUUCCCAUUCAUACGUCGGUGUUUGGGAGGAAAUUCUGAAGAUUCACUGAUUUGCUUAUGUCUGGAGAUUUUAGAGCAGUAUGUGAGGCUAUUUUCUACUAUAUUGAAUUCUAACUCGGUUUUGUUCUCAGAUUUACAUUCAGAUUUGUUGUCAAACCCAGUUGUGGCUGACCACCUCCAUAGUAUGAGGGAAUUGCAAAAGUUUAAGAGGUCUAGAGGGUUGAGGAGUUUGCAAGCACUUGUUGAGUCGAACUGUUUCUCAAACGCUACAUUGCUGAAGCUGAUAAUUCCACUGUGUACCCAGUACCUAAUUCAAAGGAACACGGUGAGGAAUUUGGCUUUAUCUGAAGCCUCUAAACAAUGCUUGAUUUCAUCAUGUCAUCUCUUGCCAGUACAUUCCUUCAUAAAGAUACUGAAAAAACUGCUGAAAAUCUAUGAUUCCUGUAAACUAACAAUUGUUUUACAGAUUUUCUCGUCAAUUACAAAGUUGAAGGUUGUAGAGCUUUAUUCACAUAACAUGGGCUUGAAAGGGUCAGAAAAACAAGAGAAUUCCUCAGCUAGAGCAGAACCAUUUAAAGAUACACUGGGAGUUGGCCUUAUAUUAUCCAAGUUGAAGAAGAUGAGUGUUGUGCAGGGAAAGAAGAAGCAAGGAGAUGUUCCGGUGGUGGAAGUUUUUGAGUGUAUAGGUUACUUGCUCCAAUAUUACCCGGAAUCUAUAAUCAAUAAGGAGUUGAUACUGCAUACUAGGGUGUUGGCCAAGUUUCUAGUAUCUAGAAACAGAGACGUCAGGAGGCUGGCAAGAAUAUCACUAAUUAAGCUGGCAAGACCGUUUAAAACAAAGUAUAUUGACGUGUUUAUUAGGGAGUUGUUCACGAACAUGACCAGGGGAUACAAGUGCUCAGUGUUAAUUUUUACAAUUUAUUCAAUUUUGAACAAAGUACUAGAUGACGAGAAUGUGUUGGGCUCAGGAAACCAACUUAAGCUUUUGUACACUAUGAUAUUGGAUGAGAUAUCGAGAGUGCAGGAAAAAGAUGACUCAAAAUCAAAAAUAGAUGAAGCAAGACAUCCGAAAUCACCACAACUUAUUUCUCUGAUUUCACAGUAUGCGACUUUGGAAGUUGUUGAACAGAAUUUUACGUUUCUGACCUCACUUUUAAAUGGAAAGUUGUUGAGUCCCAAGGUGAGUCUUUUGGAGUAUUCUGAUAAAUUUUUGAGGAAAAUCAAUGAAUUGAUAGUUUCAGCCACAUCAGGCGUUAUAGUUAAUAAGAGUAUAGAUAAGACUACAGUUUGUUUUAAGUUAUUUAUGACAAUGUUAUCAAAGGUGCGAGGGAUUGAAGAUAACAUUUCACAGUUUCCAAAAGAUAUCCUUGAGUUGUAUAGCAAAUACAUGUCAACUCCUGAUUAUGUUUUUGGUGAUUAUUUCGAACUAUCAAAGCCAGAACCGAAAUCAGUGGAAGAUGAACCCGCUAAAAAAGGUUAUUACUCAAAAUUGACUGAAAGAUUUACGGUAAUGCCAGGUGCCUCAACAGGUAGAUCCCUAGAAUCAUCCAUGAAGAAACCCGGGUUUGAAAACCAUAUCUUUGCUCCCUUAUUUGUCAACUCAUCUAUACGCUUAUUUGGUAAUAUAGUAAGCUCUACCGAUACCGAACCCAAUGUGUCUAAUAAUACAUUAAAUCAAUUGGAUAAUCAUGAUCUAGACCAUAAAACUAGUAACACAGUAUCUGAAAAUAGUGUUCUGGACCGUGAAACCACAGAAUUAGACCCCAAAACUCGUUAUCGUCUUUGUGAAUUUAGUGUACUGGUGAGUUUUUUAAGUGAAGAGGUGAUUCUUCAAAAGUCGAGUUGUAGCUGUUUGUUAAAGUUGUGUAAGUCGAGACCUGAGUUAAUUGAGGAUUUCGGACUAGUUUUGGCCAUAAAUUUAGUUGAAAGGAUGGGAUCACUGGAUUUAGUAGGUUCAGAAGAACUUGCAAAAGACCAUAUAGCACUCAUGUCACUAUUCUUCAAGAAUAAAUAUUUGGACAUAAUACAAGAAGCUUGGGAUAUGUCCAAAAGAAGUGGAAAGUUAAUGGAGUGUUUAUUACUCCAAAUUGAGACUAACUUAAACAGGCCAAGACUACAUACGUCACUCCUGAAACUCUUGAUAACUCUGAUCCAAUCAACAAUUAGAACAAAUACAUUUACCAUAACUUCUACCAACGCGAAUAAUAUUUUGUCAAGUCAAAAGUCUUUAGGUGAGCCCAAAUUGUUAAAUGGAUACAAAGCCAAGGAAGCAAAGAAUGGAAUAGCAGAUAACGAAAAUUUAAGUGUAUACUUUAAUAAAGAGUUUUACAAAGUAACGUAUGAAGUAAUGAUCAGAAUGUUAAAAGGGAACAUAUCAACCAGGUCAAUAUCGUCGGUUUCAAAGGUAGUUGGAUACUCAUUUAUACUUUUACCGAUGGAUGAAAGCAUGAGAUCAAAGAGAUUCUCACUUUUACUCAAACAUAUAAACUCCUCAGACCCACAAGUCAGAUUAGUCACCAUCAAAACACUCACAAUCAUCAUGAGGGAAUUGUCAAGUCCAGUGGUUUGGAAAAGAUAUGCAAACUUGGUGGUAGUGGCAGUUUUACCACAACUGGUGUCUGAAGAUGAUACAAGUUGCAGGAAGCUGUUACAAAUACUAGUCACAAACAUUUGGUCAACAGGAAGCAGAGAAAACAAGAAUGAACUUUUGGACAUGGUAUCACACUUUGUAAGGAAGAUGAAAAGUCAUGUACACUUGGCAUUUUCAUUUUUUGUAUACUUGGCACUCAAGAAUGAAAAGUCACUCCAUAAAAUUAAUAAAUUAAACCUGAAACCGUUGAGUAGUUUUAUAGGUGAAAUCAAUAAUGAUCACUGGCAGAAUUGUUAUUAUUGGCUAAAGCUUUUGGAACAUUUUCUCACACUACAGUUUGAGUUAAGUAGAGAACCUGCCUCAAGAAUUUGGAAUUUUGUAUUAAAUUCAGGACUCUCAUCACAGCAUCCGUGGAUACUCGCAUCAAGUCUUAGGGUAUUUUCUCAAGUUUUACCUACCAAGAAGUUACAAGAACUCAUACCCAACUUUAGUGUCCGAGUGUUUAUACUACUGAAGUCAAGUUUCAGAAACUUGUCGACAUACUUUGGAUCAAUUGAAAGGCACAGAAAAUUGGAACAGGCAACCCAGGAAGUAUUUAUAAAUUCCAUAAAUGUCUUGGAAAAUUUUAAGGAUAAAUCACUCGAGAGAAUGGUUUCAAAGCUGUGUUACAUUCUGAGGUGUAACCUCGGAAGAAAGUCUGAAUGUACACAUAGACUAAAUGUGCUUUUGGAGAUUUUCUCACAUCUGGCCACAAUGGAGGUAGUAUAUGAGCCAAGAAAUAGAGUUAUGCUCUUGAAGCUGAUGAUUGCACUAUUCAGAGUUGCACACACGAAGCCCCCAGGAAUCAGUCACAAGUCAAGGAAUAAAAGAGAACCUGAUACUAAACAUGCAGAUAAGGCUUCCGGUGUUUUAGAAAAUAUAGAAAACUGGUUCAAUAAGAAUAAUACGCCACUGGAAUAUCUUAAACUCCUGAGCUUUGCAAGGACCUUUGUCCUGAAGUCAAGACUAGUUAAAAAGAAACAUGCAGCCGUAUCAGUAAUAACAAACACUAGGAUCGCAACACUCAAGAAACUAAGAAGAAAUAAACUAAAGAGGAAGAGAUUAACACCUAGAAACUAG